CCCUAGCUUUUACCUGACCUUACAAGCUCGUCGUAAACUCUGGUACCGUACCAAAGCGACGCCCGUCCAGAACACAUCGAACAGAUACCCGUCGAUCUGUGGGCUAUACCAAGCGGAUCAACGUACCCCUGCAUCUGCAACCCAGAACCACCGAAACCCCGACUGUUCCCUUCGCAUGCGCACCACUGCAGCCAAAGAGCAAAAUAGACGAAAUACUCGCAUACGUCGCUUCUCUCCAUCUUUCGCUAUCAGCAGCUGAUGUGGCUGGCAUAUCCCGUCAAAUGUAGCUUCCGGAUAGAAGAAGCACUUUGAUCUGGCUUUUGGGACGCACGGAAUCUAUUCUCGUUUUUUUUCCUAAGCCCUUGGACCUACCGCGUUGACGUGCCGUUUUUCGUUGCGUGAUACGAUUGUGCCACAUACACACUCAUCUCUUGGCUUGGAAUAUUCGGCGAUUUCAAGAUCCUGUCCUGAUAACACCAUAUUGCAAUGGCUUGAUUUAUUUAUCCCGAAAGGCGAUUUGAAUUGUCAAAUGCCAGGACAUUCGACAUAGGACAUAUCCUCUCGCUUCCAUAUUCGUCUGGGGAACCCCUCACCAAGUCAUCAAUUUUGUUUUGUGUGGCUACGGUCAGAUCUUAGAUCUGAUUGCGACGUAUCUGUUUUCAAGACAGGCCACUCUUACUCUCAACUGCCAUCUCGUCCAGUUCUCAGCCCGUCACACAUACGCACGCAUAGACUGUAUUCAAUAUGUCUAGCACCAACACGACACCAAAGUACUUCACACCGGCGCAAUAUCCUGUCCUACCUCGUCGCACCACCGUAACACCGUCGCAGCGACCAUCCACGUCGGGAGGCGAUGGGAUUGAGCCCAAAUCUGACAUUUUGCGUGAUGCGCUACGAGAGAAGAAAGGUCUACCUGUUCGAUCGCAGUCGACGACGCCUCGCAAAAACAAGAGCAGCAGGCCUCCUGUCAAUCAAGUAUCCAACGACGAAUUGUUCUUGCCCUCAUCUGAUGAUGAGGCAACAUUCUCCGGUGCUCGACGGCCGCUUUUCCGCCAGAGGGCUAGACGUGCAAGCGAAGUGGCACCUGCGAAACCUUCGCUCAAUACGCAAGCUCGGAACCUAGGUCUACGAGAAGCGGAUGCGCAAAUGGACAAACUUCUUAAGGAGAACUGGGAUCUAAAGCACCGCAUCACGCUUCGUGAUGAUGCCUUCAGUAAACUUCGCAAUGAGUUGGACACUGCUCUAGAGGAGUUGGAGAAGAGCAGGUCGCUCAGGGAUCGGAAUCGCGAGCUGCAAGAGGCUAUUGAAUCGAUUAGCAGACAGGCAGCUCAGCAGGAGGAAGAGAAUAGAAACUUGAAAAUUCACAAUGCUGAGCUGACCGUCCUAAAUGAUGAUCUGAUGCGUGAGCUAGAGUCUAAAGACGAAGGCAUACAGCAGCGACAACUUGCGAUCGAAGAGGCUGCAGGCAUCAUCCAGCAACUUGAGGAGGCAAACGAAGCGCUGAUGAAACAGCAAUUGAUGCACUCCCCUCGACCGGACUCGGACUACUUCAGUGGUGAAGCUGAGGGCACUCCAUCGAUGAAGAUGUCAAUGCGACCCGCCACGGCGGGCACUUUUGGUACUGAAUGUACCAAUCCUCCUGACUCUGACUACUUCAGCGCGGACUCUCCAAGCCUCGCACCAACCACGCCCAAGCGAACGCCGUCCUCGAUGCGGACGACAGAAAAGUCUAUGCAGAUGGAGCGAGCCCGAGCUAUGGGCGCUACCUUCAAUCGUGAGAUAGGACUACGCAGCCAAGCAUCGAAGGACUCACUGUUUUCGACAUUCCUGGAGACACCUUUGCCGGAGUCUUCAAAGAGGCUUCGAAGAGGUGCAUCUAGGGCUCAGGCGCCUCCACUGCCUAAAGGCUCUAUACGAGAGCAGUUGCAGCGUGCUGGGACGCCGCCAUGGUCGGAUGCUCGCGCCUUGCGUGCUAUCUACGAGGACGGUGCGCUUCAGAAGCGAAUCGGCACUCCAGAUCCGAUUCAGCGUACGGGGUACACUCCAUCCGUCACCGUCGCUAGCUGUAGUCGAGCUCCUUCAUUCGACGAUAUGUUCGCCCUCAACAACAUUCCGGUUUCCGUGCCUAGCCUCUCUUCGUUAGCCACCUCCGUUUCGGAUUCCGUGACGACCCCGAAACCAAUCUACCUAUCUCAAUCUACCACAGCUGCUUGCGGUUCCCGCAAAGCAUCUGACAUAUCUGCAAACCCAACACCCGUCAACUAUAGCGCAUGGCCGCGCAAGCUUCCCGACUGGCCGCCUAGCGCAGGCCUUAGAAACAGAGACAUUCUCUUCCACGGUACGGGCAUGGACGAAAUGUUCCCAGAGUCUCCGCCGCGACCAUCGUCUUCGCGCGAAUCAUUCUCCAACGUGCAUUUGCUUCGCAGUUCUGCUGGCCCUGGUAUAAGCCUGGAUCAGCAAGGGAGGAGCUCGUCCGCCGCGCCUACAGCCGGUGCGGUAGCGCCACCGCCACCAAAGGCCCCGCUGAACAAAACGACGAGUCAGCAUAAGGGAUCUGCUUCAGUCUCACUUCCGAGAUGGCCAGCGCCGCUGGAGAGGAGCAGGACAUUGCCACUGCAAUAAUCCUGAGAUCAUACUUUCCUUUGUCAAAACCUUGUACCACCACCUUGAAAUGUCUCUAAAGGAGAAAUAACCCUUUGUUCUGUCCUUCCGAUAUUCAGCGAUGGCGUUUUCGGAUGAAAAUUAUCGUCACUAAUAUCGUUGCCUGCACACCCCCUUUUUCUUGUGCAACAUUUAACUCUUACAUUUGUCGAAAAGGGUUGAAGUACAAGCAAGAACUCAAAGCAUUAACGGGCCUACAAAAACUGGGAGGUUGAUCGGAUGCUGGGAUAUUACGACAACGCCAAAGUUCUGUACUUGUUUCUUCUUCGACGCUGGUUGUCGUUUGAUCCUCCCUAAGGCGCUGUACGACUUUAAUUGCUACGACAUGAAUUUUUAAAUAGAAUUUUCUGUCAUUUGUUUUGCAUAAGGUUGUCAUCGCAUAUACGUCAGCUACUUCUACUGAUG